AUGGCGGGAACAUCCGCCAGCGGCAUUGGAGAGGAGGCCCCGCCGGGAGGAUAUAAGGAAAAAAGAUUAGCAAAAAGACUGAGCAAGAUCAAUGAAAAUCUCAAGGGUAAUCAGAAACAGCGAAUUGCAAGUGUUUGGUUUGAGGGACUCCUUGAAAUAAAGUGCAACAUUGUUCCUGAGAAGUUGUCAACUUGGCUAGUUAACAAUUUCGACAUCAACAAGUCCGAGUUGGUGAUCCCAUACAAGGGGACAAUAAAGGUGGACAAUAAAGCUGUUAAACGAGUGCUCGGGUUACCAAUGGGCCCGAACUCUGUCGUUUAUGAAAAGAAGAGUUAUUCUGAUACAUUCACUGAGUUCUAUCAAGUUUUCGGCCAUGAGAAUGAUCAUAAGGCACCAUCAUUUGUAGAAGUUGAAAAAUGGUUGUUUGGUGAGGGAAAGAAUUCAAUAGAUGACAAAUGGUUGAAGGUUUGGCUAAUGUUUGCAAUUAGCACCUUCUUGUGCCCAACAUCAAGCCCAAAGUUGUGUGUGAGGGCUUUCCAUUCCAUUUCAAUCACCAAAGAGAUUAAAGGAUACAACUGGUGCAAACUAGUAGUGGACAGGCUCAUUAAAGGAAUUGCAAAGUUUAAGUCUGGGAAGCGAAAGUUUGUGUCCGGGUGCCUCUUCUUCCUUACCAUAUUGUAUCUAGAUUCACUCGAUGUUGGUGAUAUCGUUAACAACGACUCGGAAGUAAGAGCCGCUGCGUGGACGGGACAACUCGUCUCCAAAGUCUGCCUCAUGGAUAAGCUCUCCGAGACUCAGUUCGGCAAACUACAAAGUCACAGAGUUAUACAUGCAAAGUUAUAUACUGCCUUUGUAAACCAGUAA